AUGAAGUGCACCACGCUUCUUCUGGUGUUAUCCUCUAUCGCCUUCGCGGCGCCUUAUAAAGCCCCAGAUAAUAAGGAUAUAUACGACCAUGGACCUAAAUAUGACACGAAGCCACACAACCCUCACUAUGAUCCGAAGCUAGAACAGAAGCCUCAUCAGAAGCCAUAUGACCACAACCCUCCAUAUGAUCCGAAGCACGAACACAAACCUGAGAAGAAGCCCGAUCAGACGCCCGAUCAGACGCCCGACCACAAGCUUGAGCAUAAAGUGCCAGACUACAAGCCAGACUACCAGCCUGACCACAAACCCGACCACAAACCCGACCACAAACCCGACCACAAACCCGACCACAAACCCGACCACAAACCCGACCACAAACCCGACCACAAACCCGAGCAUAAGCCAGACUACAAGCCUGAGCACAAACCCGAGCAUAAGCCAGAGUACAAGCCCGAGCAUAAGCCAGACUACAAGCCUGAGCACAAACCCGAGCAUAAGCCAGAGUACAAGCCCGAGCAUAAGCCUGACCACAAGCCCGAGCAUAAGCCAGACUACAAGCCCGAGCAUAAGCCUGACUACAAGCCCGAGCAUAAGCCAGACUACAAGCCCGAGCAUAAGCCUGACUACAAGCCCGAGCAUAAGCCAGAGUACAAGCCCGAGCAUAAGCCUGACCACAAGCCCGAGCAUAAGCCAGAGUACAAGCCCGAGCAUAAGCCUGACCACAAGCCCGAGCAUAAACCAGGCUACAAGCCAGACUACAAGCCUGAGCACAAACCUGAGAAGAAGCCUGAACAUUAUCCAGAAUACAAACCUGAGAAGAAGCCUGAGCAUUAUCCGGAAUACAAGCCUGAGAAGAAGCCUGAGAAGCAACCCAAGCAAAUUUCCCCUGUAAAUACUUACAGACUCUUCAUCAAUAGCCGAAAUCUCGUGAAAAAUCCCCCUGGGCCAUUCUUCGUGGUCAAAGACAAUAAACCGCAAGAACAAUCCAGCGCAGUCGUAACCUUUAACCUCGACCAAUCGUACAAAGGCCGCACUUGCAAGUUCCUUUUCGAAAUCUGUGCAAACUGUAUCACUGGAUCCCGCCAGUUGGAUAUUUUUACUGUCCUCAAUCCUCCUGGUCUGCGUCCUCACCCAGGUCCGAGCAGAGAUCAACACAAGGGUCGUUUAGAAGUGCUACUCAAUGGGAAAACGAACUGGAUCCAGAAAUACAACGGAUUUCCCAAAUUCCCAUGUCCUACGGGACUCUUUGGCUUUGAAGUUGUUGGCGCCGGCGAGCUUGUCAAAGCCGGCUGGACAAUCGGGAAGACAGGACCAAAAAUCGAAGUGUUGUAG